GGCGUGGGCGGUGGUCGAACUGCGGGCGAUGCUUGUCAAAUAUGAGUGGAGGCCAGCAACUUCCUAAUCAAAGUGGCGCCGGGCACUAUGUUAACCUGGUCCCGCCUGGCAUAGCGCCUACGUAUGCCAUGCCCGUUGGACAGCCCCAGUCCAUGACAGCACAACAGCAAUCAGCGGCGGUGCAGCAGCCUAUGGCGAUGCCUUCGAUGCCAACGACUAUGCCUCCUGCGAACUUCGUCCCUGCCAAUGCUCCGGCACACGUACCUCAGUACCAGGUGCAACCUGCAACUGCUCCAUGGGCUAUCCAGCCGUGGAUGGCGAAUGGUCAGUGGCCCACGCCGGUCCCAUGGCCGAUGCCACCCGUUGGACAUAACUAUCCGGCGAAUGCGCAGCCAAGUACGCAAGCUAAUCAACAAACAGUCGAGCCUUCGGCUCCCAGGGCGCAGUCGAGCAACAACGGCGACAACCGCUCUUCCAAGCAGCCCGCUGCGAACGCGUUUCCUCGACCUGGAAACCGAGCGUAUUUUACUAAGGAAUAUAUGGACAUCCUGGAGGAAAUCAAGUCGGACAAAGUGCUGGACGCAGCAAAGAAGAAGGUGGCUGGAAGCCGGACCGAGGGCAUUCGUAUCUCCGAGAGUGCUGAAGGGAGCUGCAGGUCGGAAGUCCGUUCCGGCAACAAAUCCGAUGAUAUGAAAGCUUGGGUCACUACGACCCUGGGGGACUCCUUAAAGCUAAUCACUAAGAAGCUCGAGGAGGUCGACUCCAAGGCUAAGAUGGCCACGGCAGAGAAGGAAGAGUUGUUGCUAUUGCGAGCUGAAAAAGCGGCAAUGGGGAAAGUGAAGAAGAAGUCAAGUGCGGAGAAGCGCAAGCGCGGGGGGGCAGCCCAGCCAGGGUGUGUAACGCCAGCGGGUAACUCCAAUCGUGGCAAGUCCAGAUCGAAGAACUGUCGAUCUCGACGUGUUGAGAUAUCAUCUGAUGAAGAGGGUGAGGAUGGUGGGGACGUCCGGCAGAACCUGAGCGACAAAUUGGAGAAAAGCAGUGAUCUAUCAGAGGUGAAGAAGAUGCUCGCCGCUAUCGUGCAGGGCCUUGCAGAUGGGAAAGGCAAGCAGCCGAUGGCUGCGCCAGACCCGGCCGCUGAAGGCGACCAUGAGGAUGGUGAGAAUGCAGAGGAUGUGGAUGUGGCUGUUAAUGCCUCCAUUCAGGAGGAAGAAGAAGCCGAUGAAGGGGGCCUGGCAACUUAUAUGAAGAUGAGGCAGGACUUCUAUAUGUCACUGCAUUACACUCGAGUGCAGGAGAUCUGGAAGCAAAGAGACAUCCCCUAUUUUCGCAAGGAACCUGCGGCCUGGGAAUUGGCUAGAGUGGACCUCCAGGAGUAUGCCGAUCAACUCAACGGCGGUGCUGCCUUGAAAGGGGCCGAACCAUCCAGGAAGGGAGCAGCCAGGAACGUGGACAACAGUGAGGUUGAGGACAAGGGUAAUGACUCAAUCUCCGGGAAUUGAUUGGGGAGCAUUCGCUCUCUUAGGCGUGCAGUUAGACACAUCCAGGCUCUACGCGCCAUCACCGAG